UCACCCAGAACCUGCAGCCACUUUGCAUGUCUGCAAAUUUCUUCUAUCUUCUUGAAUUACGGGAACAUGGAUCAAAGAUGCUCAGAUUCAUCUUCAGAUGCUGCGAAUGGAUCAAAGAUGCUCAGAUUCAUCUUCAGAUUCAUCUUCCACGAGGUCAAGCACGUGGUCUUACAUGGUUCAUUCCUGCAGAUGAUCCUACCUUGAUCUCCAAGCAUCAACUAUUUGCAAGAAUUGUUGGUGGGCUUGGUGGUAGAGCAGCAGAGGAAGUGAUCUUUGGUGAGCCAGAGGUGACAACAGGUGCAGCUGGUGAUUUGCAGCAGAUCACUGGUUUAGCCAAACAGAUGGUAACCACAUUUGGAAUGUCCGACAUUGGCCCAUGGUCAUUGAUGGAUUCAGCUCAGAGUGGUGAUGUCAUAAUGAGAAUGAUGGCAAGGAACUCAAUGUCAGAAAAGCUUGCUGAAGACCGGGUUGCUGCUGCGGCCCCUACUCCAGUCGCUGAGUGUAAGUCAUACUGCCAUUGACACUUAGUUGCACUAUAAUUGGUUAAGUGUAUAAAAAGCUGUAAUUUUUUCCUAGGAUUACGCAUCAGUUUUGAUUCUGUUGUUAAUGUAAUACUUGUAACUGUAAAAUAGAUUUUUUUGAGUUUCUGCAAAUUUUCAGUUUAGGAUGCAGUCACCAAGUUUGUUGCUGGGAAGACAAGUUUGUAUCAGUUUGUUGCUAUCAAAUUCAAGCUGUUUCUGUUUGUUGGUA